AUGGCUUCUACGCAUUCACAAACCAAGAGUCAGAGCCACAAUGCGACGGACGUCGCCCCUUCUCCCGGUCGUCGCGGAUCCCUGGUCGUGGAUACCGCGCUCGCAAGCGAGGAAGAUGCCGCGGUAUUAGCAAAGAUGGGAUACAAACAAGAACUCCGCCGCAACUUCAGCAUGCUCGAAGUCUUUGGGAUUGCCUUUGCUAUCAUGGGGUUGCUUCCUUCCAUCGCGAGUACGCUCUCUUAUUCAAUUCCGGCCGGUCCCGUGGGCUUGGUCUGGGGUUGGUUCCUCGCUUCGGGUUGUAUCUUUGUUGUCGGCCUAGCCAUGAGUGAUCUGGCAAGCUCAAUGCCGACAAGUGGCGGACUUUAUUACUGGACUCAUUAUUAUGCAUCGCCAAAAUGGAGAAACCCAUUGAGCUUCCUUGUUGGAUACAGCAACACGCUUGGGCUUGUAGGUGGCCUUUGCUCGAUUGACUAUGGGUUCUCGUUGAUGUUUCUCUCUGUUAUCGUCAUUGCUCGCGACGGGAAUUGGUCACCCAGUAAUGGCACUAUCUACGGAGUCUUCAUCGCCACUGUCGCCUGUCACGCUGCCAUCGCUUCUACCUUGGCUCGUAUCAUGGGUAGACUGCAGACCGUGUUUGUUGUCAUGAAUUUCGCGUUGAUAUUCGCCACCAUCAUUGCCUUGCCGAUUGGUGCAAACAAACGCAACAGCGCCUCCUACAUCUUUACACAUGUCGAGAACUUGACCGAGUGGCCCACGGGCUGGACGUUUAUGCUCUCCUGGCUCAGUCCUAUCUGGACCAUUGGUGGGUUUGACUCGGCGGUUCACAUUAGCGAAGAGGCCACGAAUGCUACCAAGGCCGCACCACUAGGGAUCCUAUUCUCCAUCGGGUCAUGCUGGCUGUUUGGCUGGAUCUGUUGCAUAGUGAUCGCGGCGUGCAUGUCUCAAGAUCUGGACAGUAUCUUGGGCUCGCCGUUUGGACAGCCGAUGGCUCAGAUCUACUAUGAUGCCCUCGGCAAAAAUGGGGCUUUGGGUUUUAUGGCUCUGUUGAUGAUUGUCCAAUUCUUGAUGGGCGUCUCCAUCCUGGUCGCCGCUUCUCGUCAAGCGUGGGCAUUCUCUCGUGACGGAGCAUUGCCUUUCUCCAGCUUCUUCCGACACAUUUCCAAGAAAUUCGGCUACAUCCCUGUCCGCACGACACUUGGUUGUGCCACACUUGCAGCUGUCCUCGGUCUUCUCUGCUUGAUUGCCCCAGCGGCUGCCGCAGCUUUGUUCUCCCUCGCCGUCGCGGGCAACAAUCUUGCAUGGGGAACCCCGAUUCUCUGUCGUGUGGUUUGGGGCCAAAAGAAGUUUAGCCCAGGUCCUAUAUACACUGGCAGGGCCUCGACCCCUUUGGCCUGCGCUGCCGUCACUUUCUUGGUUUUCGGUAUCCUCUUGGGCAUGUUCCCUGUCGGCGGGCCCAAUCCGAACGCCGACAGCAUGAACUACACCUGCGUGAUCAACUCUGCAGUCUGGGGAGGUGCUCUUCUCUAUUACUAUAUUGAUGCUCGCAAAUGGUUCCGCGGACCACAAAUCACCCUCGACCUGAGCCAGCUCACCGAGGAACAGGAAGCGGCCUUGAGGGAAGAGGGCCUCAAAGUGGAGGGGGCGAGCGGGCAAGCUGUGGUCGGUGGGGGGGACACAGUCGAUUCUGCCGACAUGAAGGGCAUUUGA